AUGACAACAGCUGGUGUGAAGGCACAGACAUGGAAAGAAGACGAUGUGCCUGAAGGCUGGGCAGUCUGCAGUGGCUGUGCCUGGGGCCAGGACUACAGCAAUAUAGGGGGCAGGUCGGACCAUAUUGACUUAUUCCUGUCGGGAAAGAAGAAAUCUAAGUUUAAAGACUUUAAGAGCUUUUUUGGCAAGAAGAAGAAGAAAGAACCAGAAGAAGUCUUGGAAGGAACAAUGCUAAAGUCAAGGUUUUCCAGCAGCAGUGUUAGUGUGUCUUCUCUGCAGCCAGGUCUGGAAUCGCAAGUGGAGUCCAAGCCCAAGAGCGGCUUGGGAGCCAAGUCCAUAUCCCAUGACAGUGUUUUCUGUUCGGAUCUUGAGCCUGAAAAAACAGAAGGCAAGCUAUACUCUUCUCCAGAGCCCCAGAGAAGCAGCUCACCGAAGAUCCAAUCUCUGCGCUCACGGAGAUUCGGCAUCAGCCCACUUAUUAUCAAAUCUGACAAAGUCUCUCAGGAUUCGGAAAAAACUGAUGACGAUGACAGAACACCCAAGAACUCCAGAAGGAGGUCUUUACAGCAUUCACCAACAUCAAGGAAGAGUGUCUCUGAAAUGUCCUCGGAUGCCAAGCAAUCACAGUCUUCUGAAAGCAGCACUCAGCAUGUCUCCGGUUUCAGUACCCCAGCCACCUCACAGGGCUGCUUGGAUUCUUCAGCUGCUAAACACAAAAUAGCUUUAAACCCCCAGAAGCAGAAGAAGAAGUUAAGUUCCACAUCUGUCAAAGUAAAGCAGGAGGAACAAGUCUAUUCAGUGACAUUCAAAGAGAAGACUAUAACCAAGACAAAACAAGCUGAACAAAAGGAGAGUCUGGACAGUACAGGACUCUCAAGCCAGGAGCAGAGCUACAAAACCGAAACUCAGGAUAAGACAGAAGAUGAGACUCAAAGUAUCGACGCUGCCUCAGGCUACUGUUUAGGAUUCAAUCCAAGAAGAUGUAGAAGAAGGUUCAAAAAUGAGUGGGGUAUCAUUCAAAGAGGUCUUCUAAAAUCCACUCAAGGGUAUGGCCUGAGCACUAAAGUUGAGUCCUCAGCUAAUGAAGAGAUACCUGGCGGGGAACACUCUUUCUUGAAGCUUUUCCUGGAGAAGAAAAGCACAGGGCAGUCCACAACUACAGAAGCAGAAAUUACUAGUCCUCAGGAGAUGCCUUCAGAAAAAGGAGAUGCAGAGGAGGAAUUGGCCAACAUAGAUGUUGAAGCUCAAAGAGCACCAGCACCACAAUGUACAUCUACAGAUGUGGCAAAGUCCGUGAGUCCACUACCAUGCCAAGAACAUGGGCUUCCUGAAGGCAAGAAGAAAAAGGACAAAGCUACUGUGUUGCAGUGGAUAAGAAAGUCUACAAGCCAAGAAGAGGCCCAAGUGCAUAUGCAUCCUUCUCAAGUCUGUGGAGAAGAGGAAGAAGCAUCCAGUCCUAGUUUGCAAACGUUUCAACCCCAAAUGGAGUUAUCCUUGGAGAGCACAACUUACCACAAAGAGAAGAAUCCCCAAAGUGGUGUCCGGACCCUUUCUACAAAUGUUUCAAGUGCUACUGCAGAAGAUGAUGCUUCUUCUGUGCAGAUGAUGCCUGUUUGUCCCAGAAAGUAUCCAAAUGCAGAGGAAAUCUCCUCAGAUUCAAAGAGUACCUCAGAGUAUGAGAGUAGUUCUGAAGUGCAACUGGGUCCUACACAUUCUUUACAGACUACAUGGAAGCCUAAAGAUGAUGCUGAUGCUGGUGCUGAUGGUGCUGAUGGUGCUGAUGGUAAGGAAGAUGAAGAUAAUGAUGAAGACGAUGAUGAAGAAGAUUAUGAAGAUGAAGAUGAUGAUGUCUUCCUCAAAUCAGAAACUGUAGAUGUAGAGCUGAGCAAGAUGGAGCAGCAGCAGCCUCUCAGAUAUUCUUCCCAGUCAUUAGGAAAACCCAAAGCUAGAGAAGCCUCAGAACAACAGAGCUCUUCAGAAGGCUCGAAAAGUUGUGAGGAAAUGACAUCUGCCCACUCUUCCCAGUCAUUGGAAGAGUUUGAAGAAUGCUCAGAAUCAAGAAGUUUCACCAGAGAUUCUGUCUCUGAAGAGCAGCCAUCUCCCAGGCGCCAUUCCCAGGCCUUGCCAGAGUUGGAGGAAAAGGAAGUCUCCACAGAAUCAAGUAGUUAUGUUGAGAAAUACCACAGUUCCGAGGAUCUGAGCAGCUCAGUGGAAGAGCAGCAAGAGGUGUCCCCAGUUUCAAAGAGUUCUCUAAAACAGUGGACUGCUCCCACCAAGCUAGUGCGUCCCAUACACACUUCUCCACCUAUUAUAAGUUCAACUACUCAGCAACAACCUCCCAUCAUGGUGAACAUUUCUGUAGGACCAAACAAAUCUGUAGAGCCACUGCCUCCCAGCCACACUGUUGAAUUGUGGGCGAGCUCUCCAUCUGAACAUCAAGUGUUUGCAGAGCCAGAAGGCGUUACUGCUGACUGGGACAUUUUUAUGCAGCCAGUGUCCCCUAGAAAGGCUUUGAAGGGAUACCAUGUUGAGCAAAAUGUCCCCUCCAGUGCAGACAUUAUAAACAUGGAAGAGGGGGCUUCUAUGGAGACAAAGCUUCUCAGACACCAUUCUCAGCCCCCAACCAGGCCAAGACUUGAGCAAGAAGUUUCUGCAGGUCCAGAACUUACUGUUUUUGAAGAGAGUAUUGCUGCACAGCCUUCCAGAUAUCCUUCCCAGCCUUCAGUGAGACCAAGCAUCAAGAAAGAAAUAUCAUUUGGUGUAGAAAGUGCUGCACUACAGGGGAGUACUCUUCUGGAGUCCCCACCUCCUCAGCAUCAUUCUCAGCCAGUAUUGAAACCCUUCAUCCAGCAACAGGUAGCUGCUUUUCAAAGAGGUAUUUCUAUGGAUCCAAAGCUUCCAACACAGUUCCAGCCAUGGAUGAAGUCUCCAGGAAAGCAAUCAUUUUCUUCCACUCCAGAGAGCACAGCAUUUGAAGGAAGCACUUCUAUGGAGCAUAUGACUCAGAACCUUGCCCAGCCUAUGCUACAGCCAUAUCAAGAAGUGUCUUUAGAAUCCGAGACUGCUGCUGCUAAAAUGAUUUCCAUGGGCCAACUGCACUCCAAAUAUUCUACUCAUCCCUUACCAAGUCAUCAAAGCCAACCAGUCCCAGAAAGCACCUCUGUAGAAGGUGCCAUUUUAGUGGAUCUACGGCCUCCUCAGCCUUCAGUGACACCCAAAUUCCAGCCAGUGAUGACCCAAGAUCCAGUGAACACUUCCACCCAAUGGAGCAGCCCCAUGGAGCCAACAUCUACUAAACAUGUCUUCCAAACACAAGCAAACCCUAAAUUUAAGCAAGUCCCUGUAGGUCCAGAUAACCCUGAGGCCCAAGGGAGCAUGUCUAUGCAGCCAGUUCCUCCCAGAUGUCCUCCGCAGCCAUGGCUGACACCUACCUUUGAACAAAUAUCUGUUCCUCCAGGCAAUGUUCCUUCUGCAUGGGCCAUUCCUAUUUAUUCACCAGCUCCCAGAAUGCCUUCUCAGCCCUUGAUGGGAUCAGUAGUCAAGCAACCAGUCUCCAGAGGACCCACGAACCCAUCUGUACAGCAGAUGAUCCCUGUAGAGCCAAAGCCUUCUAGGUACUCUUUGCAGUCAUGGAAGAGCACGCCAUUUGAACAAGGCUCUGUAUCUCAAGACCAUGCUGCUGCUGCUUCAUGGAACACUCCUGUUGAUUCACCAGCUCCCAGAAUGCCUUCUCAGCCCUUGAUGGGAUCAGUUGUCAAGCAAUCAACCUCUACUGAGUUACUGAAUGUUUCUGUGCCACAGAGCAGCUCUCUGGAGCUACUGCCUUCCAGAUUCCCCUUCCAGCCAAGAGGAGAUCCAGAGCACUAUGUAGCAGAGGAAAGAGGUGCUACGUUGAGGAGGCCUAGAAGGCAGCAUUCCCAGCCGCCAGUGACCUCAGAAUUCAAGAAAGAAGUUUCCCCAGAUUCUCUGAGAGCUUCUGGAGAGCGGAGCAUUCCCAUGGAGCCAAUGCCUCCCAAGUAUGCUCCUCAGCUCUGGUUGGGCUCUGAAUUUGAGCAGCAAGUCUCAAGUCUAGAAGGUGUUGCCAAGGAGAGGGAUGUUUUGAGGGAGGCCUGGCUUUCCGGACAUCCUUCCCAAACCAUUAUCAAACAUAAAGUUGAGAAAACACCCUCAAGCUUUGAGAGUACCUCUACGGAGGGAGGUGUUCCUCGGCGCCCAGUGCCUCCCAAACGUCCCACCUCAUUCGCAAUAAAAUCUAAAGUUCAGGAAAUGUCCUCGCGUCUACAGAGUGCUACCGCUCAACACAGCUCCAAGAAACCACAGAAUGUCAGGGCACCUUCCCAGUCCUUUGUGAAAUUCAUGGCCCAGCAAGUAUUUUCAGAUAGUGGCCCUAGUGAAUUAAGCAUGUAUGCAAAGCCCAUUCCUCGGGGCCGAAGCCGUCCUUCCAGAUCCCUGUUGAAGUCUAAACUGGAGGAGCAUCUUUUGUUCUAUAACUGGGAUGAUGAACCCAAGAAAGAUACCACAUUGAAGAAUCUGCCCACGAAGCAGCGUUUACAGUUGUCCAGAAGGCAAGAAGAGCCUCAAGAAGUUUUGCCAUUUUCUGAGGGUGCCUCUGUGAAGUGGAGCACUUCUGCCGGGGAUGUCUCUCAGUCCCUGGGGAAGCUUGAGUACAAGCAGAAAGCCUCAGUUUCUGUCAGUUUUCCAGAUGAGUGUAAGAGGUCUGAAGGACAGCUGCCUUCCACACAGCCUUCUCAAACCUUCGAUGUAGCUGAGUUGCAGCCAUCGAUUUUACCAGCGGACUCAGCAAAUGUGCCUAUGGAGUGGAGAAUUCGUGAGGGCCAUCAGCCUCCUGGUAAGCCUACUCAGUUGUUCUUUAUUACUGACUAUCAGCAACAAGUUUAUGUAGACUCUGCCAAUGCUGCUGCUGAAGGAGCCAUUCCUGAGAAGAAUACUGGCUGCUGGCCCAUGCUGAAAGGCCCAGCUUCAACCAAAAAUGUGAAAUACGGACAAGGCUAUGGGGACUUAACUAAAAGCACCCCAACUUGUGUUACCAAACAUGUCAUGUUCGCUUCUGCUCCUGCCCAGAAAUCUUUUGUUCCCAUGGACACUUAUUUUAAGGAUGAGGUUCCUCAGUGUUGUGAUGUAAGUGAAAGUUCUUCACUCCUAUCCACCAGCAAGGCUGAUGUCAAAAAUGUUUUUGGAGUGCGGCUGCGAAGAAUCUCAAAGAAUAUUGGAAUGGAGAAUCCAGACCCUUGCAUGCCACUUGCCCCAGUUUCAUCUGCAGCAAGCAAAGAACAGGCAAACAAAGAAGCUCUCCAGGGCUCAGGCAGAGGCCCAGAGAGGUGCAGCCCAGCAUUUACCUUUGAGAAGAACCAAGGGAACAGGCCCAGCCCAGCAUUUACCUUUGAGGAGAACCAAGGGAACAGGCCCAGAUAUGAAGGCACUUUGAAGAAGUCAGCAGUUUACAGGCCUCCAGAAAAGACCUCUAGUUGGAAGGCAGAUUCCUCUUUGGAGCCACCUUGGAUCACCAUGGUAAAACAGCGGCAAAGGGCCCUUGGAUCCCACUUUCCUAAAAAAUCCAGGUCCAAAUCUGAAAUUAGGGCUGAGCCCAAAGAACCUAGAUAUGAGGUAAAAUAUGAACCACAGUUGGAAAUUCUGCCAAAGGAAUCUGGGCCCAUAACUGAUAUUGCGCCAAAGAUGACUUUUCUUUCCAUCAUCCCCGGACAUGAGAUGCCACAGUUAAGGCGGUUUACAAAAUCAGUUGCAUUUGAUUAUCAGAAGAUACUUCACCCAUAUACCAGGGAAAGAGAAACCAGACGAUCUUCAAGUCUUCCACCCAAAUUACCAGAACCUAAGGAGCCUGAAUGGUUCUCAAUGGCCAAGAAGAAAGCCCAAGCAUGGAGCCAAAUGCCAGAUAUCAUGCAAUAA